AUGUCUGCACAGAUUGAGUUCGUACAAGAUAAGGAGACAAAGGAACCGUUUCCUCCUUCCAAGGCUGUUUCUUGGAAUAUUCAUGCUACCGGUCUCAAGCCUGAGCAUGCUGUGUCGAUGAUCCCGGGGAAUGGUGGCGCUGACGGCGUUAAGGGAGACCAUGUCUGCCUAGCCCCGGCAUAUAAUACAACUCGAGCUGAAAUCGAGUUGAUUGUGGAGCGAGUGGUCGGUGUGAUCAAUGAGGUUUUGGGCCAGUAA